AUGCCUUCUCAUAUUCACGCUCGGCGACUCUAUGCGACGGGGUACACAGUGCCUCCGCUAAAAGAUAAGUCAUUAUUCAUCCAGAAAGCCUUUGUCAACGGCGAAUGGGUGGAUUCAGCCUCGGGAAAGACAUUCGAAGUUCACGACCCUGCUACUGGAAAACUAAUUGGAACAUGCCCGGAGUUCAACGCAUCGGAUACCGAGAAAGCAAUCCAGGCGGCCAGCGAGGCUUUCCCUAAGUUCCGAACAACCCUGGCCCGUGAGCGAGCCAGGAUGCUCCGACGAUGGUACCAACUGAUGAUCGACAAUGCUGAAGACCUGGCAACCUUGAUCACAUGGGAAAACGGGAAGCCGCUUGCAGAUGCUAAAGGAGAAGUCAACUACGCCGCGGGCUUCUUCGAAUGGUUCAGUGAAGAGGCACCCCGUAUCUAUGGUGAUACCAUUCCUGCUUCUGUUCCUGGAAACCGCGUGAUGACUGUCAAACAGCCUGUCGGUGUUUGCGGUCUGAUUACCCCAUGGAACUUUCCUGCAGCUAUGAUCACACGGAAGAUUGGUCCUGCUCUUGCUGCCGGAUGUACAGUGGUUACUAAGUCACCCGGAGAGACUCCCUUCACUGCAAACGCCCUUGCCGAAUUGGCAAACCGUGCCGGUAUUCCCAAGGGUGUCGUUAAUAUUGUUACAUCUAUGAAAAACACCCCAGAAGUCGGUGAGACGAUAACUACCCACUCAGACGUCCGUAAGGUGUCAUUCACAGGCUCAACGAACGUUGGUAAGCUUCUGAUGAAGCAAUCGGCAUCCACAGUCAAGAAGGUAUCCUGGGAACUCGGUGGUAACGCCCCUUUCAUCGUUUUCGACGAUGUCGACGACCUUGACGCCGCAGUUGCGGGUGCCAUUGCCUCCAAAUUCCGAAGCUCGGGCCAAACAUGCGUCUGUGCGAACCGAAUUUACAUCCAGAAGGGCAUCUACAAUGAAUUUGUCAAGCGAUUCGUUGCUAAGGUCAAGGAUUUCAAGGUCGGUGCUGGUUUCGAGGAAGGAAUUACUCACGGGCCCGUCAUCCACGAUCGCGCCGUUGAUAAGGUUGACCAGCACGUACAAGACGCCGUUUCUAAAGGUGCCAAGCUUGUUGCUGGCGGCCAGAAACUGUCUGACCUAGGUCCCAACUUCUAUGACCUCACAGUCUUGACGGACAUGACCAAGGACAUGCAGAUUGCCUCUGAGGAGACAUUCGGACCUGUCGCCGGCUUGUUCCCGUUUGAGACUGAAAAGGAAGUUGUCGAUCUAGCUAACAAGGCCGAGGUUGGUCUUGCUGGAUACUUCUUCAGUGGCAAUGUCAAGCGCAUCUUCCGUGUUGCUGAGGCUCUGGAAGUCGGUAUGGUUGGCGCCAACACCGGUCUUAUCAGUGAUGUCGCAUCUCCGUUUGGCGGUGUCAAGCAGAGUGGCUUUGGCCGUGAGGGUAGCAAGUAUGGUAUUGAUGAGUUCCUUACCAUCAAGAGCGUCACGUUCGGUGGAAUGGGCGAGCCUCUGCAGUCAUGA